GCGAUGGUUGGCGGAUGGUUGAAAGUCUCCAACUCAAAAGUCCUACUUUCUCUCCGUCGAUUCAAUUUGCUCUUUUUGUUUCGUUGUUUUUGUUUAACUUUAACUGCACCUUUCUUGUCAUAAUUAAAAAGGUGAUUGAAACAUUGAGGCAGUCAACAUGGUGGUAAGUUCCAUCCAAUUGCUAUUCGUCAUCCGGUCAUCAUCAUGAAAUUAUUGCAAGUCGUGUCGGCACAAUAAUGGCGCAGCUCGGACAAAUUCGCCAACAUCCUGCCCGGCUAAUGAAACCCCUCCAACAGAUGCAAAUUAGUAAACGAUGGUUUUGCCGGAGCAAAGACGAUGCGACAACAUCAACCGGUGGUACAGUCAAAAAACUGUCCAUGAGUUCGUCAUCGCCAACCGUUGGAGUAGAUCCCAACUCGUCGCCGCAAAUAAUUGAUAUUAACAUUGGUGGUCGUGAUUUUCUGGUGGGAAGUGACCAAUACUUUGAUUUCAGCAAAAGCUUUAAACGUUCAGAGUCGUGGAGGUCAAAACUUGUCAGUACGAUGCUAGUCUAUCCCAAUUUUAUUUCGGGAGAGGAGGAAUUAUUAAUUCUUAAGGAAAUCGAACCUUACUUGAGUCGGUUGCACUAUGAGGAAUCACAUUGGGAUGAUGCUAUUCACUCAUAUAGAGAAACGGAGAGGAGCAAAUGGAACAAGAAGAAUGAAGUCAUAAUUAACCGUAUCCGUGGACUGGCAUUUCCACCUGAAGUACCUCAACUUAAACUAGUUCACAUUUUAGAUCUGGCUAAAAAUGGAGUGAUUAAACCUCAUAUUGAUAGUAUACGAUUUUGUGGGAAUACAAUUGCUGGACUUAGCUUACUUUCUGACUGUGUUAUGCGAUUGCGACAUGAAGUUCAGAAAGAUUUUUACUGUGAUAUUUUACUACCUCGACUGUCCCUUUACAUGAUGAGGAACUUUGCUCGGUACGAGUUCACUCACGAGAUUCUGGGAGAUGCAGAUUCUACCUUCAAGACUUCUAAAAUAACGCGAAACCGUCGAAUUUCAAUAAUAUGUCGAAAUGAGCCAACGAUAACAACGAAUUCAAACCAAACGCCAGUGUUCACACCUCUUAAUGAAACCUGAUUCAAAGUAAUUAAUUGUCGGUGGACGUAGAAAAUUAGAGUUCAAAAAAUUAGUUUAUUAAUUUUGUCAUUAUAAUGUCAUUUUUAAACUACCUACCUAUGCACUACACGGGCGACUAGUUCAUGUUCUGAACUAUGUAUUUACAUUUAGUAAAAAACAUUAUCUAGAUAAUAAUAAAAAAUGGUCAACAA